UUUUGACUUUUCUUUUUAUUCUCUUGUAGGCUACCUAUUGCAAGCAGUCCUGGGCACAACAGUGAUCCCAUUAUGUGGGCCUGGUGAGAUGGAGAACUGCACGACAGCACUAAUCCAGACAGAGAACAGUCCACGUGUGGCUCAAGUUGGGAUAACUAGAUGCAAGCCUGAAAUGAAGGACUACUGCUUCCACGGGCAGUGCGUGUACAUAGUGGACUUGAAUGAACACUACUGCAGGUGUGACGUGGGCUUCUCCGGUGUCCGAUGUGUGCAUUCAGAAUUGGUCAGACAACCCCUCAGUAAGGAGUACAUGGCACUGACCAUCAUCGUAGUUCUGCUCUUCCUCGUCGCCAUCUCCAUUGCAAGCUACUACAUCUGCAGAAGGUACCGUAACAAGAAGAGACAAACGAACGCCAGUGAAUACAAGGAAGUUGGUUCCCUGUAGAAGAAAUGGUGGCUUCCUACAGUGUUUUGUUCAUCUGGAUGGACUCAUUGACUUCUCAUCUAUUUAAAUGUUAUUUUUAUUAACAAUAUUUACAAUAUUUAUAUCUUUGUAAAAAUUUCAAUUGCUUGGUGAUCCAAUCAGUAUAGGUCAAGCAUUUUAUUUUCAGUGUUUUAUUUUUUUAUUAAAUAGUAUUUCCUCAUGAGAACCCCACCUCAGUGGUUCUGUGGGAUAAAGAUAUAUUUUUAUAAAAACUCAUCUUCUUACUCUGAAGAGUAAUUUUAUAUUUAUUCUUGUGAAUAUGCUCAAAAGAAUUCUGCUCCUUGAAAUAAAAG